CGACGUGGAUGAAAGCUAUGGAUCUUCAGCCACAUUGCAAAAAUAGUGUAUCUUUGAAGAACGAGUAUCUUGAAAAAUAUGUCGAUAUCAAUAAUGAGGUUGUCACAAGUGAAAAUCAUUCAGAUGAAUCAAUUGUACAGGGCAUAAUCAACGAAAGAAACCAAAGCGACGACGAUGACGAAUCGGAAAUUCAAGACGAUGAGAUAUGUUUAUCGCCGAACGUCUCUGAUGUUUUAACGGCUGCAAAUUUACUAAGUACAUUUGUCCAUUGUACUUACGAUGACGACAAAAUUAAAAGUGCUAUGUCUCGAAUUCACAAUAUUAUCCGCAGUUCUUAUUAUAAAUUCUUAAAUUAA